AUGCACACACAAGGGGAAGCAGAGGGAUUAUAAAGGCGCACAGAUCUAUACACCGGCCAGGGAUGAAGGGCAGAAAAGUAGCAGUGGGAGGGAGAAGUGGUCGAGGGACUGUUGUUGGAGAUGAAUCCCCAGCAGAGCCUGACAACCUCGGCCCCCUUCAUCCUCUCUCAGCCUUGUUUCGUCUCUACGUUUACGCUCUGCACGGCUGCCUCUGUGAGGUGGCCUUCACCGCCGUGUACGACUGGUGCAGCACUCGAGACCAGAGGCUGCCGGGACACAGCAGCAUCUGGGCCCUGCCCAUGUACGGCUCCGCCAUCUUCUGCAUGGAGGCCCUGAGGGCCCGGCUGCUGGCCCAGAGCCGCUCCCUCCCUGUGAGGCUGGCAGUUUACACUUUAUUCAUUUACAUGUGGGAGUUCAGCUGGGGCGUGGGGCUGAGCCUGCUGGGGGCCUGUCCGUGGGAUUACUCAGCCCAUCGCUACAAUCUUCGAGGACUGGUGACUCUGGAUUAUGCCCCUGCCUGGGCUGUUGCUGGACUUAUAGCAGAGCAGCAUGUAAUUAAGAAUACGCUAAGGAUAAGAUUGAAAAACGGCUGAUUUCAUGGUUACCUUAAGUUAUGUCUUUAGAAAAUCACCCACGUGACAUUUAAUGUCAUUUUUAGCUGGAACACAAUGUUGGUGUAUUUUUAACACUGUCAUAAUUAAAAAAAAUUUAAUAUAUAUUUUUUUAUCUCCAAUCAAGUGCUAGGUAAGAAUAACAUUGAAAAAAUGACAAAUUUCAUGAUUAUCUUAAACAAUGUCCUUCCAAAUUUACCCACAUAACAUUUCAUGUAAUUUUUUUGCAGAAACAACACAAUGCUAUUGUAUUUUUAAUGUUUAAUAAUUAAAAAGGUUCAGAAUUUUAAUCUCCAAUUAACAAUACGCUAAAAAUAACAUUGAAAAACGACUUAUUUCAUGAUAAUCUUAAACUAUGUCCUUCCAAAAUCACCCAACUUUUAGUAAACUUCAAGCAAUCUCAGUUCCUGGUUGUGAACUUAAGUAUAAUAGAGUUAAUUAUGUAUUUAGCCUAAAAUUACAUGUAUUCUACCAUGUUGUCUUCCAUGUUUCUGUUUUAUUUUGUUUUUAUUUAAUUUCUAAACUAAAGUAAACCUACACAACAUUUGUUGUCUUUUUUCUUUCUUUUUUUUUUUGAAGAAACAACAUAAUUAAAAAUUUCUGUAUUUUUCCUGCUUCUAUCUGCCUUAUCUGGUCCUACUGGAGUAAAAAACUGUUUGGAUUUUGUCCAGGGUGGGAAUGUGUCUCAGCACGCCGCUUGGAGGAAAAUGGUUGCAUUUGCAUGCUUAUUAAUUUUCAAUAUUUUCUUUAAAAAAUCAGGAUAGUUUGCACAAUUUUUGGAAAAUGAGAACCUGGCAACUAUCUCACACCAGGGUUUUGUUCCUGGUGCACUUCAAAACUUGUGUUUUUGGAUCUUUCCCAUUCAUUUUUCUGUCACGUAAGUUUCUCCCUGAGGUUUGAUGAUGAAGAUAGUUUUCAACACACUUCCAGUAUUUACCAAGAAAACAAGAACAGGCGGAAAAAAUUAUCUCAUGUCAUUUUAUUCCUGUUAGCUUAAAAACUGACGGCAGUUUCAGAAUCGAGUUCUUUCAUUAUCCUUAACCUCACUAAAUAAUAAAACUAAAAUAAAUUGGCAUUAUUUAUUACCAU